AUGAUUAAGAGAAUUGUGUACUCACUUGUAUCAUCACUCACAUUCAGAAUAUUUGGAAUUUUGCUUAUCUUUGUGGAUAUGUCCCUCGUCAUUACAGACCUGCUUGUCACUAAAAACGCAAUAUAUAUUCCUGUGGAAAUUCAUUUAAUUUCUUUAGCUAUUUCUUUAUUUUUUGUCUUGGAUGUUCUUCUUCGAGUAUAUGUAGAAGGGAUACGACUGUAUUUUUCUGAUAUACUUAACAGCUUAGAUGCUGUCAUCAUUGUAGUGACUCUACUGGUUGAUAUAAUUUAUAUGUUUUAUGACCUUAAGGUUCUUAAAGAUAUCCCCAGAUUGGCAAUUUUAUUUCAAUCCCUACGACUUAUUAUUCUGAUAAGAGUUUUCCAUCUGGCUCAUCAAAAGAAACAUCUUGAAAUGCUGACCAGAAGGCUGGUUUCAGAAAACAAACGGCGAUACAAGAAGGAUGGAUUUGACUUAGACCUCACUUAUGUUACUGAGCGUAUUAUUGCCAUGUCAUUCCCAUCUUCUGGACAGCAGUCUUUCUAUAGGAAUCCCAUUAAGGAAGUUGUGCGGUUCCUGGAUACCAAACAUCAAGACCACUAUCAAGUCUAUAAUCUAUGCAGUGAAAGAGCCUAUGAUCCUAAGUACUUCCAUUACAGGGUCCGGCGAAUCAUGAUUGAUGAUCACAAUGUCCCCACACUAAGUGAGAUGUUGGCAUUCACGAAAGAAGUAGAUGAGUGGAUGGCUCAAGAUGACGAAAACAUCAUAGCAAUUCACUGUAAGGGAGGCAAAGGAAGAACUGGAACGAUGGCUUGUGCCUGCCUUAUUGCCAGUGAAAUAUUUACAACUGCAGAGGACAGCCUUUAUUAUUUUGGAGAACGGCGAACAGAUAAAAGCACCAGCACUAAAUAUCAGGGAGUUGAGACUCCUUCUCAGAGUAGAUAUGUUGGAUAUUUUGCGGAUGUGAAAAAUAUCUACAACUUGAAUCUCCCUGCCAGAAAAACACUCAAGAUUAAAAAAAUCGUUAUUUAUUCAAUUCACGGUGUUGGAAAGGGCAAUGGAAAUGAUCUAAAAGUACAAAUAAUAUUGCACCGCAAAAUCGUCUUUUUAAGUUCUGCUUCCAAAAAUUGUUGGAUACUUCACGAUAUUGAAACAGACAACGUAAUAAUUCAUUUAUCCAGCUGUCCACCUCUGUAUGAUGAUGUGAAAGUACGGUUUCUCUCUUCCUCAGUUCUUCCUAAAUACUAUGACAACUGCCCAUUUUUCUUCUGGUUCCAUACAUCUUUUAUACAAAAUAACAGGCUUUAUCUUUCAAGAAAUGAAUUGGAUAAUCCCCAUAAACCAAAAACAUGGAAAAUUUACCGUCCAGAGUUUGCAGUCGAGGUAUUUUUUGAUGAGGUCGUAGCUGGUACCUAAUUAAGCGUAGUUCCCUUUCUCGGACAGAAUCAUGUUCUUCACAAUCCCUGCCACAUAUUUGUAGCUUCUAAACCUCCUUCCUUGCUGGUAUACUUAUAUUUACAUUCAUGUACAUAUGUUUUUGCCAAACCUAUUAAAUACAUACAAAGUAAAAUCUCAAGGGUGCUUCUUACUUUCUGAAGGAGUUAGGUCAUGUUUGCGAGAACUAACAUUCUUAUGUACUAUGUUCCAAAUUAUCACUUUGAAGAACCUUUAAAUAACAAACCUUAAAAUAUUUAAGAAUUAUGAUUCCUCCCAAUAAUCUGAGUUUACUUAUCUGAAAAUACAAGUAUUCCCUGCUUUGUUUUACAUUUUAAUUUCAGAUCAGAAAGGUCACUUCUGUUUUCUUCCUCUGCUUGAUUUAUAAACUACUUAACAAACAUCAGAUUGGCACAAAGACUUGCUUGUUUUCAACCCAGAAAACUGUGCACACAAGCAGACCCACCAGUGCAUGGGCUAAUUACACACUCAGACUUCGGGGAGGGCACAGGAAUCUCGGUAAACACAAGCAGCGGUUACUGAAUAUUCUAUUUAUUUUUGCACCUUCACGAGUGAAGUCAAAGGAAAUGUUUGCCUAGAGAAAUCUAGAUUCUUUUAAAGUCCACCUCCUUCUUCACCAACCCUGCUCACAGCCAAGUUCACUUAAGUUUAGGGAACUCUGUGAAGGAAGGUCAUCUUUGCAUUGCAAAUAUCGGUUAGUCCUGUGUCCCCAGGGAAUCGUUUUCUCUUACUAUUUUAUUCCAAGUACCUUCCCCGUCAUUGUACCUUGACUGUCCUUAUUUAUGAACAUGGCAUGAAAGGUUCACUUUUUCCCUCCAGUCAGCCCACAAGGGGUCUCACUGCCAGUGCAACCUACCUGAAGGCUCCUUUUGGAGGAAAAGUCUUUCAAGUUCUCAGCGUGUUAGGACUACAUUACUUCCUGUAAUUUGUGAUAGGAAUGUGUUGCAGCAGAA